UCGCUAAAGGCGAAUGCUGUCCUUUUCAGGCUGUCGAUGGCGCGGUCGGCUGAUGACAUGGGCCCAAUUCUUGCUGAGAUCAGAGAUGGUGGGGUGUUGGCAUCUCUCUUUGAGAAGGUCGUGCCUCAUUUACACAAGAUUCUGACGAACUUUGAAAUAGGCAUGGACGUGACUAAGUUUGACGACUUGUUACAAGCGUCCAAUCUGUCGAGUGAAGUGAAGGCGGUGCUCUUUAGUGCGUGCUCGAAGUGUUGGUACACCAACCACUAG